AUGGAGGCGCGCAAUCGGUUGCACGAGGCCUUCAGCGGCAUUUAUGGCUACAAUUACAAGGUGAAUCACGCGUUCUUUUUCCAGUUUUUUAACGACCUCGAGACCUACAUGGCUGGACGUCGCGGUGGCUUGGCCCAACUGGUGGUCAGUUUCUUCAACCAGCUGCGCACUUCUAUCGUGGUGCUGAUGGAGAAGGCGGAAGUGCCGACGGGCUCCACCGUAAACCCCGACUCUCAGCGCAUAACCUGCCUGUCUGAGGCUCUUGGCAAGCAGAAUGCCUUCGAUCUUACCGAUGUGCAUCUGCGAGAGCAGUUUCUUCAGGUCUAUCCACCGGCUCGCAUGCUCGUCAAUUCACUAGCCGCCGGAAGCAAACUCUUGCGUACUAUCGUAGAGGACGUGAGUUAA